AAAGGUAAUUGAAACCAACCUUAAGCUCAUUUUAUCUCCACUCUAAAGAAGUAGAUUUGAUGAAUUUACAGAGUAAGUUUGUUCACCUGUGAAAAGAGAAGUUUUCACAAAAUAGAUCUGAUAAAUUUACAAAAUGGGUUUAUUCGCUUGUAAAGAAGAGAAGCUUUCACAAGAAAAUAAACAGCGCCUUAAGCCUUCCGACCUUGUCAUAGUCCGAGAUGCUCAAAUACCAUUGUCCUCUGCUCAUGAAGAACUGCAGCCUCACCUCUCAGCUAAAAGGCGCGUUAUUGCCCUCAAUGAGAAGAUGAGUUCGAGCUUGAUGGCAGCAGUAGAGCAGCCCAGCUCGGCAGCAGCACAACAGCCAAGCACGGCAGCAAAGCUCAAAAUAAUGCUCCAGCUCGGCAGAAGCGAGGCAGUUCAGCUUGACAGUAGCACAACAACCCAACUCAGUAGCAAAGUUCAAAGCAAUGCUUCAGCUCGGUCGGUAGCAGCAGAGCAGCCCAGCUCGGUAGCAGCACAACAGCCAAGCACGGCAGCAACAAUGCGGCCCAGCUCGCAGCACCAAAACAGUCCAGCUCGGCAGCAACAAAGCUCAGCAGUACUCCAGCUUAGCAGAAGCAAGGCAGUCCAGCUCGACAGCAGCAAAGCAAUCUCUCAGCUCGGCGGCAUGCACCGAGCAAAUUUGGAGCAAAAGACUAUGGUUCCAAUGACAGAAAACGCUGAUGGUAGUGUUAGAGAUGGAAGCUCUGGAGCACGAGCUGAGAAUUGCAGGAGCAUGAGAAGCGAACUGCAAGAACAUGAGCUGCGAGCUGCUGAGUUCAAAAGCACGAGUUGCCGAGCUCAAAAGCACGAGUUGCCGAGCUCACAAGCACGAUGCAGAACUCAGGCAAGAUCUUUUGAGUUGCUGAGCACGAGUUUUAUAGCACAAGCUGCAGAGCUCCAAACGAGCUGCCGAGCUCAAGCAUGAGCUGCAGAGGUUGAGCACAAAGUGCAGGGGUUGAGCAUGAGCUGCAGAGCUCAAACACAAACUGCAGAGGUUGAGCACGAAGUGCAGGGGUUGAAC